UCCACUGGUUCCCCGUGUAUAUGGUUCCGGGUGAAGGUAGCGUGUAUUGAUGGCGGAGAGAUGAGUCAGAUCGAAGACCUCAAAGUGUUCGUCUCCGGGCGGCUGCGGGCUGCUGCAUCUGAAAUACUAGGUGCUAUUGAAAAAACGAUAACGGAUUACGAGGAGCAGGCUUCCCGUUUGAAGGAGGAAAACGACCGCCACCGCUCUCUGCUGGACAUUAUCCUCAAAUCCAAGUUAACACAGACAGGAGAGAGGACAACAGUUGCUAUGUUUGAAGCAGUGCUUUCAAUUUUGGCAGCUGCGAUCAUGGCGUACUGGCACGUCACUCACAACGAUGUGUCGCAGAGGGGUGGCAGCUGCCGGCCGCAGGCGACAGCCCGCUGGCACGCCAAGACUGUGUCCAUGUCCUCGUAUCGUGGUCCCUUUCACUAGCUCAUCAAUGUCAGGACCAGCACCGAUAUUGCCAAAACGAGCUGAUGUUCUUCUGUUUUCUGGGACACCGUUGUCCUGCUCAUCAGGAGGAAAAAUGGCAAUCAUUUUGAAUGAUGCAGGUCAUGCCAACAAAAGUACCCCUGCUGCAGCUAGCCCAGGUGCAUUGGAUUCAAGUUCUGCCCGCAAGGCCAGAGAAACUUCCUGCCAUCCCAGUGACUUGCAGUGUGUCUUCACCUCACGCACCGACUUUUUAAAGGUUGCAGCCAGUGACAACUGUCCCUACUGCCUCAAGAGAAUUCAGGCCACUGAGACACAUCUGAUGAGAAGGCAUUAUCUGUUUGCCGUUCAUUUUACUGAGGAUGGCACUGAAAGAUUUGUGGUACCAUGUAUGUGCAAAGACAGAAUCCAGGGAAGAAGUCACUGGCACUGCCCAUAUUGCAAAAAGAUCAUUUAUCGGAAAUGUAACUUUGAGGGUCACAUAUCGAAACAACAUGGUUAUAUAAUACUGCAGCAAAGCCAAGAUGAAGAAAUCGAUCAGCCCUCUGUCUGUGAGGAGGAGGUCCCCCUGAGUCCUAAACCCUGGUGUCAGCAGGAGCCUGGCAGUCUGGACCAGGACGACCAACAGGCUUCACUGCUAUUUCAAGUCAAAGAAGAACAGGAAGAGGAAAUGUGGAGACAAGGUCUGGCGGAAGAGCAUGUGAGUCAUCUGGAGUUUCAGCAUUCAGAGCAACUACAGAUCAAAGGUGAGCUGAUAAAAAAAGGUAACAGUCAAGUGGGAGAAAAAUGUCCGGAGGCAGAUCGCACCCAAGACUCUGCCUUCAGCAUCGUCUGUGUGGACAGUUUUAUCCAAGAUAUUGGUGAAAUCAACUGUGUGCAAAGCAGCAAGGGGCAUCCUCUUCCUAAUUCUUCAACUCGACCCCUGGAAACGCAGCCUGACAGUGGGGUUGGUGAAAUAUGGCAGCCAGCUGGGGGCUCUCAGCACACCACUGGAGGCAGUGCUGUCACUGAGAAUGGAAGCAUCAGCGAGACUGAGGAGUGGAAGAGGAAGCAUACAACUUGUUCACGUUUAAAGGCACUCAAUUCAAAGAAGAAUUUGCAUGUGAAGAGAUCUUUACCCCCCAGUAGUUUAAAUAUAAAGAAAUCAACACAGUUAUCUGCCAAUCAGAAUCCCGCAGGUCCUCAUUGUUGUAAAUCAUGUGGAAAGAUUUUCCAUUACAUGUACACACUGAGGACACAUGCGCAAACACACACGGUGGACAAAAUCCUUAUUUGUGGAAUCUGUGGAAAACAUUUAGAGUCUACAGAGAGUUUAGUCCACCACCUACAAAGCCACACAAAGAGAAACAAAUGUGGAAUUUGUGGAAAACAAUUUUCGAGUAAUUCCCGUCUGAAACGGCAUAGGAGAUUUCACAGGCCAAAGGGUUUAAAUGUCACGUCAUCAGCUUAAAAACCCCGGAUGGGAAAAAUCCUAAAAGUGUCAUAAAUGCAUCAAAACCUGCUGUGAUUAUUGGAAUCUGAUCCACUACAGUAAAAUCUGCUACUUGGGAGAUGCCAGUCCGGUGUUGUACUAAUGGGAGAAAUACUCAGUCAUAGUGUGGGGCAUUCAGUUAAUAUUUAUAGUUCAUUGUAAAUCAUUGUAUUCAUAUCAUUAAAUUUUGUAGUCUUACAAUAAAAAAA